AUGCACAAGGGCGAGGUGGCCAAGUUCAUGCUGCAGCCGGAGUUCGGCUACGGCGAGGAGGGCAGCCCCCCCAAGAUCCCGCCCAACGCCGCGCUGGUCUUCACGGUGGAGCUCAUCAGCUGGGUGGAGAAGGACGACCUUUUCGGUGACGGCACCGUGGUCAAGUCGUUGAUCGAGGAGGGCACGGGCUUCGACAAGCCGAAGAAGCGCGGCGAGGUGAGAAUUUCCUUCAAGGUGACCGCUGCAGACGGCACCGUUACGAAGGAGGGGUCCGGCUGCGACUACGCGAUCGGCUCUGGCGAGUACGGGCCUCUCUCGAAGGUGGUGGACAAGGCGAUCCUGGGGAUGCGGAGCGGGGAGAAGUGCUGCCUCAAGUGCGCCGAAGAUUCGGCCUACGGCGGCGUGAGCAUAGAGCUUGCCCUGGAGGAGCUGUACGACGUCGUUGACGUCUCCGUGAUGAAGGACCGGUCCGUGCUGAAGAAGAAGCUCAAGGAUCGGCGAGGGCUAUCAGCGGGUGGAGGACAUGGGCAGGGUCACGGUGAGGGUCGAGGCGGUGGUCGCCGAUGGCGUGAGCCAGCUCGACGCGCCGAAGGACUUCACCUUCAUCGUCGGCAGCGGCGAGUGCUGCGACGCGCUGGAGUGCGCCUGCACGGAGAUGAGGAAGGGCGAGCGAGCUCUCCUCACGUGCGCGAGCCCCCAGAGAGCCUGCGGCCCCGAGCUCGGGGCGGCUGCGCAGAGCGCGAAGCGGACGCUGAUCACCCUGGAGCUCUGCGACUUCAAGAACGCCGGGGACUUUAG